AUGCAAUCCUACACGAAAUCCCACACUCGAGAUAUAAUCAAACCCCGACAUUCUCAAAAGUCCAAAAAGAAAGCCCCUUCCCCCAGACCAAGUCCACGCAUCUCAAGAGCACACUUUGAUACAAGAAGCAAACGUAUCCAGCCAACAUGGGAUGAGCUCUCGCCCGUGGCAGUGAGGGCAGUCACCGCCAUAGUCAGGAUGGGUGCUACAGAUGAUCUCGAAAGAACACACCUGUACCACUUCAAGAAUCGACCAAACUCGACUCAACCCCACAACCCUAUCCCCCGGCAGCGCAAACCUUUUGCCCACCCCCCGUACUCACCACGUACACUCAUCAAGGCCUCAAACACUUGCAACGCCGACAAUGCGCAUGUCUCCCUUCAUUAA